GUACACUUGGUUGUUGUUGGUCGGUCUUGCCAGUCGAUAAUUACAUAUUUGUGUGUUUCUUUCUUUAUUUUUUAAAAGGAAAGGCUGCUAGCAAGUCAAUGUAUUAAUGGAUCUCAUCGGAAGCAGUUACAAAGGGGGAACAAAAAAUGGCAGGAUUGAUGGAAAAGGAGAGUACACCUUCCCCACAGAGACCAAGUAUGUGGGAGACACCAAAGAUGGGAUGUUUCAUGGCAAAGGAGUGCUACACUUUCCAAAUGGGAAUAAAUAUGAGGCCACCUGGGAGAACGGCAUAGCUAAACAGGGGUCAUUUACCUUUGCUGAUGGUCUGCAGUACCAGGAGAUGGACUGGGACUACUGCGAUGGUUAUGACAGGCGCUUCUACAGCGAGAGGUGUAAUGGACUCAGACCUGCAGGAGAAUCUCAGCUAACUGAUCUGCACCCACCACACGUCAUUCCUGAUGGAUGUUACGACUGUGGAGAUGGUUUCUAUGACCCUAAUACCAGAGUCGUCACUUCCUACACUGGCAGAUUCCUCAGGAAUGCAGAUGCGGGUUGUUCAUCAUCAUUAUAGCUCUGGUAUUGAUCAGUGGAGCGACGGAGCGAGAGAGAGAGGUAGAGAGGAAGAGAAAAAGAUGUUUAUUGAGAUGAAAAAGAAGAGGAACUGAACCCUUCCUAGCAAUACUCCGACUCUGUUUUGAUUUACAGGAACUAUUUAAUUAAUGUGCAACCUUUUAUGGUUGUGCUUUUUUAUGCAAGCGCAUGGAAGGGUACAUUGUCUAUAUACGUAUGUUGUAUAUCACGCACACUGCUUAUGUGGGCUCCCCGUCUCGCCUUGGUAUACAACUCUUGAGAAGAAUGCUCCUGUAUCCUGUAUGGAUUUAUUUUCUAACCCUGGGAGGUGAAGGCACAUUUGUCAGAGUGGGUGUGAAGACAGAAUUUAUUGCUCCAUGGCUUCCGCCCAGGAUGGGGACUGCAAGGAAGAUGGGACACAGGGAAGGCCCACCCUCCCAGAGGGGACGUUUGCUGCAGUGAGGAAAGAGGAAGGAGCUCCCCAUGUAGCAACUGGUGGACGUAGGAGAAAGAAGAACGGAGCCAGGGGAAGACAAAGCCUCAUAUCUCAGAAAUGAUUCAAACACGAUGCGUAUGGAACUGG